GUAGGUAGACCCAGCAAGUCAUUCAUUCAUUCAUUCCUUAAUCCUGUCUUAAGGUCCAUAGGAGGCAAGUAUAAAAGAAAGUCAAGCAUUUAAGGACCCUGAUCAGCAAAGGGUGAUCUAAGGUCUGUGGGAAGAGAGAAGAGGAGGAUAAAGGUGAAGAAUCUGGUCUGUAUGUAGGGGCAAUAUUACAGUGAAUGGUUGUGUAAGCUAUUUAGUUAAUCAGGAGAGGAAGACUUUGGUAUAGUACAGAUAGAUUUCUAUACAAAAUGGAAUCUAAUAACUUGGGUCACCAGGAACUUGUAGAUCAUCCAGGCUCUUUGCUAGAUUCUAGUGUACAGAUGGGUUCUUUUGGUGGAGUCCCAGAUAGCCAGGUCUGGAGCCAAGAUUUUCUCAUGGAUGGUGCAGGCAAUGAUCAAAAUAUGCAGAACAACUUUGCUCCACAUAUGAAUGAAGUACUGUGUAAUUCAAGGCCCUUGAGGCAGGAUGAGCAGCAGCUAUUGAAUCAGGAGUGUGAUCAAAAUCAUCUCAAGAAAAUAGAAGAAAUGUCUGGUCAUGGUCCUUGGGAGAUGAGGAGCCAACUAAGUUCUAAUUUUCAACCAGAUGAUAGUCUGAAUUUAUCUAACAACAUAGCAGGAAAGCAGCACAUCCCAGCUCUCCCUAAUUACAACUUACAACUUCUUGAUGACAGGCUGCAUAACAGCUGUACUAUAUCAGAUAUGGGAAGUUGGUCAAUGUCUCCAAGCUCAUACACACACCCUGGGAUAGACAUGUCAAUUUUGCCUCCGUAUCAACCUAGUAAUGUUAAGGAAGAAUACAUUUCCAUGCCCAGUUACAGCACUUCCAAUUCUUCUACCACAUUCUUACAAGGAUUUGGGCCAUCAGACUCUUACAAAAUCAAUGAAUCAGGACUACCCAACAUGCUGGAUUCUCAUGGGAACAAGACAAUCUUCAAAUCCCACCAUCUUGGGCCUAUGCAUCAUGACUAUAAUAUCCAUGCAGCCCAUGCAUUUCUUCCUCCUAUGUCGUCAAAGCUUUCUUCUGGUCUUCUCACUUUUGGUAGCAACAACUGCUUGAGCAUGCCUGUAAUGGAUUUUCUCAACUCCAAGCCAACAGAAAUCAGGCUUCACAGACCACACUCUGGUUACUUGGAAGGAAAACCGAAACUUCAAAACAGCCAUCAGAGUAGAGCCAUGUCUCUCCAUGGUACUUCAGAUUCAAGCCCUGAGCAGAAGAGAAGCAGCAGUGCAAGCCAUGAAAGCACAUCAGAUGCAGUUUUCAAAAGGCCUCGUCUAGAGGCUAAUUCCUCACUUACCACAUUCAAGGUCCGAAAGGAAAAACUGGGAGAUAGAAUCACAGCUUUACAACAGCUAGUAUCUCCCUUUGGAAAGACUGACACUGCAUCUGUGCUACUGGAAGCCAUUGGCUAUAUUAAAUUUCUUCAAGAGCAAGUCCGGGCUCUGAGUAUGCCAUACAUGAAGACUGGAUGUAGCAGCACAGCACAAGGGGAUCAGAAAGGCUGGGGAUCUUCUGAGCAGAAGGACAGCAAUGAAGCAAGGCAGGAUUUGAGGAGUCGGGGAUUGUGCCUUGUUCCUAUAUCUUGCACGUUGCAUGUGGCUAAUGACAAUGGUGCAGAUUACUGGUCACCUUCUCUGGGAGGUACCUAUAGAUAGAUGAACAAAUACAUCAUAUGUUUGGUAUACAUUGAUACCAUCUUCUUCUUCUUCUUCUGAUACAUUUCAUUUCAUGUUAUAACUUUGUAGUUCACUGCACUACAAAUUAGUUUCCAAUUCCUCUUCAUGAUAAUAAUAAUAAUAGUUACCAGUAGCUAUGUAUUGCUUUUAACAAGUCCUUUCUGUACUGAUAUCAUUGUGGUCUAGUCCUCCUGAACAUGAGAUAGAGUGCUUUGAUAUCAGUACAACAUGGAUAUAUCCAUCAUUCCUUAUGCAGGCAGAAAUCUGCCCCAUAGGAAGAGAAGGAUUGUAUUACUGAACAUUUUAAAUGACCCUUGAAAAAAAUGACAAAAUUAAAAUUCAGAUGUU